AUGGACCCGCACGCCGACCUCUACAGCGUGCUCGGCGUGGCUGAGGAGGCGUCCGAGGACGAGCUCAAGCGUGCCUUUCGGCGCCUGAGCCUCGCCUACCACCCAGACCGAUGGCAGGCGCCGCAGGACAAGCGCGAGGCCGGCGAGCGCUUCCUGCACGUCGCUCGCGCGUACGGCGUGCUGAGCGACGAGCGCAAGCGCAUGGCGUACGAUGAGCUCGGGCCGCGCGACUUUGAGCAGGGCCAGCAGCUCCUCACUGCAGAGGUGGACUCAGCGGCGAAGCUCCGCGCGCGGUUCGAGCGCGAGAAGCGGCGCGUGGCGGAGCAGGCGUACCACGGCAAGCUGCGCAUGUCGGGCUCGCUCGUCGUCGGCGCGUCCGCGUCGGACCUCCUCGCGCCUGCCGACCCGGACCUCCCACUGGGCGAGCGGCUGUGGCCCCACAUCUCCUCUGUCUCGAUGAGCGAGGACAUGGCGCUCGCGCUGUCGCAGCGGACCGCGCUCACCUGCGGCUGCCAGCUGCUGACCAAGGGCGGGCUGGGCGGCUGCACGCUGCGGCUGGGCUUCAAGCGGCAGCUCGGCCACCACGCCUUCCUGCACGCGUCGGCGUCCGGCCUGAACGGCUCUCCCGCACCACCCACGGGACGGAACCCACACUGGAUUCGACACCAUGGAGGUGUGGUACACGCAGGCUCUCCGAUCAGCGCCGGCUUGUCUGCGUCGCGCCGCCUCUCGCGCCACUCCAACGGCGCCGUCUCCGCCUCCCUCUCGCUCACCGACGUCUGCCUGCGCGCCUCGCGCCAGCUGACCAAACACACGCUCGGGGAGGCGGUCUGGCUGGUCGGCAGCGGCGGGGACGACGGCCCGCUCUGCUACCGCACCGCCCUCGAGACUGAACCCACACUGGGUUCGGUACUCUGGAGGGCUCGCGAGGAGAAGGCGUGCGCGGGUUUGCUCAUCCUCGCCGCGUACUACGGCGACGCGAGGGGGUGGCUGGAUGUGCGCGUGGCGCUGCAGUUCGCCGUGUCGAGGUCGAGCUUGCGGCUGCCGGCGGGGAGCAAGGCGGGGCUGCGAGGCUUCGCAUCCGUGCGGCCCGCGCCCCUCACCGCCGACGGCCACCGCGCGCCUUGCGAGCUGUGGCUGAGGUAUGAGAUUGCCGGCGAGGUUCGCACCCUCUGCGUCGAGGACGCCGCGCCCGUGCUGCUGGGCCGAGCCUCGGCGGCGCGAGGCGCGCGGUGA